AUGUCUUCAGUGGACCAGCUGCAUCAAUCUCAGUCUCAAUCUCAAUCUCAAUAUCAAUACCAGUACUCACCUAAAAUCAAUACUGGUGCAUUUCCACUUAAAUCGCCACCACCACCAAACCAUGUCAAUAGUUUAUCCAAUAACAACAGUGUCAUGAACAAGACAAUGUCAACUCCACCAAUAAGAUACUCCAAAGCUAUAGAAAAGUCGGAUUAUGUAACUACUCAGUUUCAGAACUUGUCGCUUGGGUCAAGAAAUCUACCUUAUGCUGGGAAAAUGUCAUCGAUAUGUUUGUUUUUCGACCAAGUUAUCAAUUUAAACAACUCAGAAACUAUACUACAAAAGUCAAAGGAUUUCCAAUUUUACAAAACCUUGCAACAAGAAUACGAUUUGAAACCGCAUGCAAGAGAAGCAGGUAAAGUUAAUGAUGAAUUGUUUACUUCAAUUGGACCUCAUUUGGCUAUACCAUUUGACUUGUGGUUGCGAGAUGAAAUAUGUAUUAAGGAUAUCAAGGUCAAAAUAACCAUGUUGAAGGAAAUUAAUGGAAUGGUUGAUGCCGAAUUGAAAGAUGUUACCAAUCAAUCUUCAUUUGAAGUUACUUUGAACUAUUAUGGGAAAUUACUCACGGCUUAUAAUUUUUAUGAAGUUCCCAUGAGAAAUUCAGCAUAUAAGCAGUUGACAGGGAGUGCGAGUGCAAGUCGAAAUGGUAAUGGAAGUGGUAAUGGUAACAGUGGCUCAUUUCACGAUCAAAUUGAUGAAGAGCUAGAGUUUAAUCGAGAUAGAAUGAGUAAUUCUUCGCCUGAUUUCGAUUUUGGAUAUUUGGAAAAACCAUUUUAUCGAAGUCAUUCUAACCAAUCGAAUGAUUCACAAUCAAAUGCGCAUCAUAACAAGCGUACUAGUACUAGUAGCAUCCUGUCAAAGAAACGGUUUUCAUCCUUUUUAACAGGUGGAAGCGGGUCAAAUCAUAGAGAUGGUCUGAAUGUAUCAUCAUCAUCACCUGAUUUACGUGAUGGCAGCCAUCGUCGAUCACAAUUUCUGACACCUACUACUCCACCACAGCCCCAAUUCAAACAAUUUUUGACAUCAACACCGCCACUGUCUUCACAUCAUUACCUACAACAACAAGAUGGAAGUCCUACCCCAAAAAGCCACUUGUAUGAAGACUCCAAUGGUACACCAACUUCAUCCAACAAUAAUUCAAUGUCAGUCAACAGUAUAUUAUCCAAACUGAGAUUAUACAAUAGAAUGAAGAGAAAUCGAGAGCUGGGCUCUUCUGUCAACACCAAUACAUCACACCAAAGUUAUCCUAGUAAUAGAAGCAGUGUAGCUACAACUGCGUCUGGAGGAGGAGGAGGAGCUGUCACAUCAUCUGGUGGAUCACGCCGAAGAAGCCUGGUUACUAAUGUCAAGCACCUCUUUGGAGGAGGGAACAAUAGUGGAAGUGGAAGUGGAAACGGAAAUGGAAAUGGUAGUGGUAGUGGUGAUGUAUCUUCAUUUGAUUCGUCAAGGACAUUAAUGCCAGUAGAUCUGUAUCCACAAUCAACUGAAAACAUUGUGUUGACCAAGGAAGAAAAGCUCGAAAAUUGUAAAGAUAAACAUGAAUAUUAUAUCCAAGUUGAUCAAUUGGUGAAGGAAAGCAGACGCAUUUUACACAUUUUAUUCAAUUCUAGUGAUUCAAGUAUUAAAGAAAAUACAAAACUUGGUAAAUUGGUUGAUUUUGUUACAACAAAGGUAUUCAAAUUCGUAUUGAUUGAUUUGGUUUCCAUGAUUUUAACUUAUUGUGAUUUGAAAUGUUGUAAUUAUAAACUUAUUUAA